AUGGUAUAUCCCCCGGACCCUUCCCUACUGAGCAUACUACUAACUAUUACCCUUCAGAAUAAAGACUCCUCCUUCACCUUUGUUCAUAUGCACCGCUCACGCGACGCAGACCUCUUCGAGGACUUUUGCAAAGACAGACUCCCCGAUGACGAGAUAUACGUCCCUCCUAUGCAUCAGCCCAUCAACCCAGAAGACGAAGACGAUGUUGUUCCCGAUCAGCACGCUGCCUUUGGUAUCCAGCGAGCUACGCAAAAGUCCAAGGAGCCAGCCUGGAAGGAUCUGGGUCUCUCGGAGCUGAUGAACAAGGGACCCAGUAUUGGAACAGGUGGGAAACCAAAGGGUGCUGGAAGUACUCUUCCUCGAUAG